AUGCCGCUCUCUGGCGCGCAUUUCGCCCUUUCCGCCAUCCCCGCCAAUCCCAUCCCCUGCCCCGUGACCUUCACCCCGCUUGGCCUUGCCCGCGGCCUCCCCGCCCAUUGCCUCCCGCGGCGCGGCGCCCUGCGCCCUCCCCCGCGCGCCGGCGCAGGGUACGGCGUGUCCCCGCGGGCCGCUACCAAGGAUGAGGUCUACCAGGGCGUGUACGGCCCGUGGAGCAUCGAGCCCAGGGACGAGGCAGAGGUGGCGGUGUACAGGGCGGGCCUGUCAGUGGCCGCCCUGUGCCUGGCGCUGGGCACGGCGGCGGCUCUCGUGCCGGAGGCCUGGGACGCCCACCUCGCCGCGGCCGGGCUGCUCAACCCGCUGUGCCUGGCCGGGGGGGCGGCCAUGGGGGUGUCGCUGAUCUUCAUCCACAUCUACGCCACGCCCCUGAAGAGGUUCCUGCAGGCGCUGUGGGGGGCCGGCGUGGCCGGGAGCGUGUACCUGAUGCUGACCCAGCCCGAGCCGCUGCCGAUCUACGUUGCGCACAACCCGGGGGCCGUGUGGCUGGUGGGGCCGUUCUUCGCGGCCGUGACGGGCUUGGCGUUCAAGGAGGGGCUGUGCUACGGCACGCUGGACGCCGCGCUGCUGUUUUUCUUAACUCCAGCAUUUUUGCUGGGCCACCUGUCGGGGGCAGCGUCGGAGGGGGUGGAGCGAGGGCUGGCGGUGGCGAUGGUGUUGCUUUGUGGCGUGUUUGCCGCGAGGAAGUACAGCCAGCCGGUGAAGGACGACAUCGGGGACAAGUCGGUGUUCGACUUCCAGAAGCUUCCGCCUCAGGAGCAGGAGGCCCUGCUGAGGAAGCUGGAGGCCGCGGGGCGCGACGCUGAGUGA